CGCGAAGCUUCCGCUUACUGAGGUUUUUGUUCCUUCUAUCUCACUGUUUGGUGUGUGUUGAGUGAUAUCGAUAUGCAACCUCUGUUACUCACAGACGAGAAGGUACGAAAAGCUUGCGAGACAACAAGAGAACUCAAAAUUCCAGAUGAAAAAACACUCCCUGUGCUUAGCAAGCUACUCCAAGAGAAUGGUGAGAAUUGGAAUCACAUAAAACUCGAUAACUACACCGCAUUGAUCGAUGCUAUCUACUCACUUGACGAAGAAGAAGAAGAGGAUAAGAAACAAACCGAAACUUCAUCUAAUAGAGGGAAGAAUGUUGACUCUCCCGUUACUCUGAAACGAAAAUACGAAACCCGUUCUGCAACCUCAGGAGGCUCAUCCACUGAGGAAGUAGUCAAGAAGCAGACUAGCAAUGGUGUUCGGAAGAAGAAAUAUAAAACGAUUAUUCGUGACAUAACGAAAGGUUCAGAGAGCGUUGAGAUAUCUUUGGUUGAUGAGGUUGGGAGUGAGCAAGUGCCUAAGUUUACUUACAUUCCUCACAACAUUGUUUACCAAAGUGCUUACGUGCAUGUGUCUUUGGCUCGGAUUUCGGAUGAUGAUUGUUGCGGGAGUUGCAAGGGGGAUUGUCUUUCAGCUGAUUUUCCGUGUGCUUGUGCUCGUGAAACGGGUGGAGAGUAUGCAUAUAGUAAAGAUGGGUUGUUGAAGGAGGAGUUUUUGGAUACUUGUCUUAAGAUGAAAAAAGCACCUGAUACGUUCAGUAAGUUUUACUGCCAAGACUGUCCUUUGGAGAGAGAUAAUGGGAAAUGUGAAGGGCACUUGAUCAGGAAGUUUAUUAAGGAGUGCUGGAGAAAGUGUGGGUGUGAUAUGAUGUGUGGGAAUCGAGUAGUGCAGAGAGGGAUAAAGUGCCAACUGCAGGUUUACUUUACUCAAGAAGGGAAGGGAUGGGGUAUUAGAACACUGCAAGACUUGCCGAAAGGGACCUUCGUAUUUGAAUACAUUGGUGAAAUAUUGACCAACACUGAGUUGUACGAGCGGAAUAUAAGAUCCACUAGUGAACGGCAUACAUAUCCUGUAACUCUGGAUGCAGACUGGGGUUCUGAAAAGGAUUUGAAAGAUGAAGAAGCUCUCUGCCUGGAUGCCACAAUCUGUGGAAAUGUCGCUAGGUUUGUCAAUCACAGAUGUGAGGAUGCAAACUUGAUUGAUAUUCCGGUACAAAUAGAGACUCCUGACAGACAUUAUUAUCAUAUUGCCUUUUUUACCAUUCGAGACGUGAAGGCCAUGGAUGAACUGACAUGGGAUUAUUUGAUAGAUUUCCAUGAUGAAAGUCAUCCCGUGAAGGCAUUUAAAUGUUGUUGCGGAAGCGAACUAUGCAGAGACAAAAAGCCAAAAGGAACUCAAGGCAAGUCGGGAGAAAGAAGAAAAGCUGUUCCUGCUAAAAAACAAGCAGGUUCCAAAGCGGUGGCAGUAAAGCGCAAAUGAGAAUGAUCAUUAGAGUUGUUAGUUCCAUUUAGAAAACAUAAUACACCUACUACACUCUGAUCCCAUUCUGAGCUCUGCUUAAUUCUAGAGAGAAGUGUUAUUCGUCGCAACAUUUAUUCUUUCGUAAAAUGAUCUCAACUGAUCAGAUUCUUCUCAGUUAGCUGACAAAUAUUGUUUAGACAAGAAUAAGAGUUUUGUUGGGUAACCAAAGAAACUCCUUGUUAAUGGUUGUUCUAGAGAUUACAUUGUCAAUGUCCAAUAUAUUAACAUUAAGGUCUUCUUUAAAUAAAUAAAUUGGUUAUGCUUCCCUUUGAAAGGGUUCUAGAGUGUAAAGCAUGUGGUGGAAAA